AUCGGACGCCUCCCCUCACGAGGGAGUCUGUAGGGGCUCCCAGUGUGGACAGCACAGCUUGUUUAACCACAACUGACUCGACCUGAAGGUUUCAAUGUUGUUGGCUUGAUGGGAUCCAGGCGGGGGACAAAGUGAUGGUCUAAGGACUGGCAGUCACACAGGUGCUUGCGCGUGGGAUGUUUCGCUGGUCGGUGCACCUGGAAGGAGGGCCGCGGAGAGUCAACCAUGCUGCUGUGGCGGUGGGGCACAAAGUGUUCUCCUUUGGAGGCUACUGCUCCGGGGAGGACUACGAGACUCUGCGUCAGAUUGACGUGCAUGUCUUCAACACAGUGUCUUUGCGCUGGAUGAAGCUGCCUCCAGUGAGGACGUUGGGACAUGAACGUGCCCGUGAAGUGCCAUAUAUGCGUUAUGGCCACACAGCUGUGUUGCUGGAUGAUACUAUCUACCUCUGGGGGGGCCGUAACGACACAGAGGGGGCCUGCAAUGUGCUUUAUGCCUUUGAUGUCAACAGCCACAGAUGGUUCACACCCAAGGUUUCAGGGACUGUUCCAGGGGCGAGGGAUGGCCACUCGUCCUGUGUCCUGAAGAAGGCUAUGUAUAUAUUUGGAGGAUAUGAACAGCUGGCUGACUGCUUCUCCAAUGACAUCCACAAGCUGGACACCACCGAAAUGGUGUGGUCGUUAAUUAAUGCCAGGGGCACUCCGGCACGCUGGAGGGACUUCCACUCAGCCACCAUCAUCGGGACAAAGAUGUUUGUGUUCGGAGGGCGAGCAGACCGCUUCGGUCCCUUCCACUCCAACAACGAGAUCUACUGCAACAAGAUCAAAGUGUUCGACACGGAGACCAACUGCUGGCUGAGCACCACCUCAAUACUGCCGCUGCCAGACGGACGCAGGAGUCAUUCAGCCUUUUCCUACAAUGGGGAGCUGUAUAUUUUUGGCGGAUACAAUGCUCGUCUGGACCGGCACUUCAACGACCUCUGGAAAUUCAAUCCAGAAACCGUUUCUUGGAAUAAAAUAGAACCCAAGGGGAAAGGCCCGUGUCCACGGAGACGGCAGUGCUGUUGUAUGGUUGGAGACCGAAUCAUCCUCUUCGGAGGAACCAGCCCCUGUCCAGAGCAAGGAAUGGGGGAUGAAUUUAACCUCAUGGAUCAUUCAGACCUGUAUAUCUUAGACUUCAAACCCAAUUUGAAGACGUUAUGCAAAAUAGCUGUUAUUCAGUACAGUCUGGAGCAUUCAGGACUCCCACAUGAUAUCAGGUGGGAACUGGCUGCCAUGACGACCAACAGCAACAUCAGCAGGCCCAUCCUCUCCUCCCACGGCUGACACCGCCUGAAUGUGAAGCAGAACCAGGACUGUGUUUCCGGACUCUUGAGCUUUUAUCUUCCUAAUCACCUGAGCUCCGACGGACUGUUUUUUGUAGAAUUUGAAUCUGUAUGGGAUGAAUUUCCCCCAUUCUCCAAGUGAAAAGCUCUUGACUGACCAAACUAUUCUGCUUGAGAUACAUUUGACACCGUGAGCGGGCAAAGGAUAUUUUGAACCUUUGAGAGACUGGUUAGGUGUGAUAGGAAUUCUUGUCACCUGUGUUUGUCUUCUUUCUAGCUUCUCUAGAAAUCCAAUCAGCCUAUGAUAAUCCUAGACUUCUAAUCCUGAGCACAGGAAGUGACAAGAACUUCACAGCUCACCUCUUGGUUGAGGUUGUCGUCCUGAUGUUAAAAGAUCUCCCCUAGGAGACAAAAAGGGGAACCUUCUGCUCCACAUAUAAAGAGACUAAGAUGGUGAUGAGCUUGUACACCUUGAAGCUUGGUCAUAACGAACCUUUCUGCUUUAAUUGUCUCAAAGGUGAUUUCAGGGCAUCUGAAGCAAGCCCUCUAUCUGCCUUGUAAAACAAUCAAGUCCAUCUACCUCCCUCGAUAGCAUGUAUCAUUGAGUCUCUAAGACUUUUCAAACAUUAGGCAUCCUCUUUCCCCCAGACAAAAAAAAAAGCCUUUACACAGGGAAGUUUGCAUUAGUGGCCAUUCUUCCAAGAAAUGUGGAAGAGUGUGACUCACCCUGCAGUUUGUUUUUCAGUGCCAAAUGUAGAAGGGAAUCAUGAUGCAAAUAUAUACUGUGUAUGUGUGUAAGCAUGUGGUCCCGUCUACACAUAAUCCUAGCCCACCUGCUUCUGUUUUUCUUUUGUUUGGAGGGAGACGAUCACCAAUAUGCAUAAUGUAGUUGUCCCUCUUAUAAACAAUCCUCUGCUCUUGACCUGUUUAAUCACAGUACAGUGGUGCACAUGUGUUAGUAUACGAUGAUGAGCCUAGCUAAACCCAAGCGGAUGAUAUCGACACAAAAAGGGCUUAUUGACUCGGAAAAGCUUAAGUUUGGGAUGUUUAUUCACAUUGUGUGUUUUAUUCUAAUUAUACAUUUUAGAUCAAAACUUUGAAAACACAGGAUUGUUGGUGGUGGUCUUCUUUUAAAGCUUUUAUCUUGAUUCACUAAAGGAUAAGGUUGGUGAUAUUCUAUGUUUUUGAUGUAGGUACAAAUCCCAUAAAAAGACCAAACGAAUCAAUCCUUACGCCCUAAGUGUACGACGUGUUUCAACUCCACCCUGCCACAUGUGCUGCUUGUUUUUUACUCAAAGGCACCAACUUGGAAUUAAUGUAUUUCCUCAAGCAGCUGGGUAAUGUUGUUUUAACAGUUGUACUCAAACAGUUGUAAAUAACAAAAUGUAAGGACUCCUUUAAGUUGAGGAUUUGGUGCCCUUGCAAGUACUAAGGCAUCAGAAGGGUGUAUUUAAGAUUGACAAAGUUAACUGGCCAUGUUAAUUUCUAUGGAAAAUCUAUCAGCCUUUGGAAAGUAAUUUUACACAAAAAGUUUACAUAAUUAAUUGUUGGUUUUGGCCUUUUUGUGUGUUGAAAGAUAAAGAAUAUCACCAGACUCAUCCUUUUGAAUCUUAUAAAUAAGGAAAAAUAAACAGUACAGCAUGCAUUGAAAUGAAUGACUUGGUGACUAUGAAUAUAUAGGCAAAAUAGUAACAUUUAUGCUGCCAGUUUAUUUUUGGAGUGAAUCGGAACUGUUACCACACACAGUGCCCUUCAGUCAUGCUGUUCUUGAACCUGUGUUUUCUGCUUGCUCUGAGGGUUACAUGUAAUCUGUAGUCAGCCUCUGAUAGCUGGUCAGAAUGAAACCCUGCAGCCUGUUUGGUCCCAAACAUCAGGAUUGGAUAACACUGACCUCCACGGUAAAUGUUUACAAAUCAGUGUAUUUCAUGUAAAGCAGUGUAAACAAUCUUAAAGCAGGUCAAAGUCACCAGAUAACUGCACUAAAGCCAACCGUGGCAUGUCAGGCCUUACAGAGAGGAGACAUGUCGAUGCUGCUUUUUGCCUAGUUUGAGACGUUUGCCUGCCCAAACCCGGUCUGAAUUGUAUUUAUAGACCGGUGGUGCCAAUGUGACUCAGUCUUAUGCCCUGUAAACUGCUCAUGGACAUAUCCCACACUGGAUAUUCCUGAGUACCCCAGAUACUUGGACUAUACAACAGCUAAUGCAGUAAAAGCACAGGGAGGCUAACUGGUGUUAAUGUAACACCUGAUGGCAAAACUGAUUAUAUUUUAUUUUUAAAUGUGUGGUGUGGAAGUCAACUUAUUUUAAGGAUUUGGGUCCUUGUUGCGUUUGAAGAUUAUGGGUGUGGUAUUUUCAGUCAAGAACUCUUCAGGAAUUUAACAGGAAGUAAAUAUUAACUGAUAAUGUGGACAUCGGUCAAAAAUAAAAUACCUGCACAACUAAUAUCCUCAGUCACUCACUUACCUCCGGUCAGGCAAUGCUCAUGACAAGUGUUUGGGAUGUAUGCCUAUUACAUUUUAAAGGCAGUUGUGUUUUUUCAGUAAACUUUGGGGGGAUGCUUUAGCAAAUGUAUGAUCAAACUUGGCAGGGGGUCCUUUGCUUCACCAAUACAGCGGUUGCCAUCUAGAAAAGUGUAUUAUCACGUUAUGACCCACACCGUAAAGUUAUUCAGUGUGCUCUGUAAUUAUUUUCCAAUAAAUAACGGAACAGAUUUUAUACCAAGGAGUGUAUUCUUCAUUUAGGGGUAAAAAAAACAACAAAGUAUGGAGUGAAUUUAGAGUCAUUUUACAAUUGUAAACACAGGCACCCUAUGCUUAUUGUUUUUAUUUUAUUCUUUGCUUUUCUGAGGGGGCUGUCAAGGGUGGUCAGGACUUCCUGUGCAAUAUACUUUAUUACUGUAUCAAUAAUAAAUCUGAGACAAUUUGAGUUAA